AUGCAGCGCACCUCCACCACGUUCCUGCAGGUGUCCUGUCCGGCCCCCAGCGCUGCCCCGCCCCGAUCCCCACCCCCCCCGCGCUCUCUGCCCCUUGUUCUCCUUGGACUCCCCCUCCAUCGCGUCCAGCUGUGGCCCUCACUGGGCGCGCUCGCUGGCUCUCACCUGAUAGGUCCCUGGCCUCAGGACGAAAGCCAGCACCAACACGUUCCCUACAUGAGGGACAAAGCGACGCAGACCCCCAGGGCCUGGGCAGAUGAGAGGAGGAGGGGCUCUCACAAACGCUCGGCCUCCUGCGGGAGCACCGACCAGCUCAAGGAGAUUGCCAAAUUGCGUCAGCAGCUCCAGCGCAGCAAACGCAGCAGCCGCCAUCGGAGGGAUAAGGAGCGCAAGUCCCCGUUCAAUGGCAGCCACACCAUCAUCCAGUCGCAGUCGCCGAUGCCCAAGACCAUCCUGAUCCCCAUCCCCAUCUCCAAGUCGUCCGCCCCUCGUUUCCGUAACAGCGUGGAGGGCCUCAACCAGGAGAUCGAGCGCAUCAUCAUCCGCGACACGACUGAAAAGGACGAGGUCAUCAUUCCACAGGAUGUCCCAGAUGGGCACCGCGCACCCCCACCCGUCCCGCCCCAGCGCAGCAGCAGCACCCGCAGCAUCGACACGCAGACUCCCUCGGGUGGCGGCCUGAGCGGCAGCCACAGCAACUGCAGCAGCCGCCCCGACUCCAUCUCACCCUCCUACCUCACCAUCCUCAACGACAUGGGAGGGGGCAGCCCGUACGAGGACAAAGAGCUGGGCCCCUGCUCCCCGCUGCCGAAAUACGCCGCCUCCCCCCGACCCAACAACAGCUACAUGUUCAAGAGAGAGCCUCCAGAGGGCUGUGAGAAGGUGAAAGUGUUCGAGGAGUCCAUGCCCAAGCCCCUGCAGGAGAUCCCUCCCUUCCUGUGCCCCGACCGCAACAAGGUCAACUUCAUCCCCAACAGCGGCUCUGCCUUCUGCCUGGUCAGCAUCCUCAAGCCCUUACUGCCCGCCCCAGAGCUCAGCUUUCGCCCCGGGGUGGGCCUCCGGAGCCUGUCCCCGUCCCUGGUGCCUCUGGGUGGCGUCGGCCUGCGGAGCCUGUCCCCGUCCCUGUCCACCCAGCCCUGCCUGCUGGAGGAGCCCGAGAGCUUCUGAGAGGACUUGAGUUAUCACAACCGGGGAAAAAAAAAAAAGGUUUAAAAAAUAAUAAUGAUGAUGAUAAUAAAAAAAAUAAAGAUCAGAAAACAUUUUACACUAGGAACCGACCCUUUUGCUCCAAGAAAACGCCUUCAGCAUGCUGGCUAAGCUCUCUCUGAUGUCCUUAUCCUGGUGAAAAAGCGCUUCCCACUGCCUCUCCUCCUCAGACGACUAAUGUGAAAUGCCAACGUGAGAGUCCUGCAGCCCGCACGGGUCACAGCAAAUAACAUUUCAUCGCUUUAUUCUACCUUUAGUGCUGGUUAUGUUCCUGUUUUUGGGAGGAUAAAGGGCGAAGGACGGACUGUUUUAUUUCAUCGUAUUAUACCAUGGCGCCUUUUCACGGACAUAUCUCUUUUCUAUCUGUACUUACUUCUCUUGAUAUGAAAAAUGCCUUCCAUAAUAACAACAACAAAAAACAUGGCCGCUGAUUUCCAUGGCGACCGAGAGAUUGACCACGGAGGCUCAUUUUGGUGCUGCCAGAUAUAUCGUAGCAAAACUUGAAGGGUUGUGAAAAGGAGAUGUAAAAAAAAAAAAAAAAAAUGUGCCUGACAUUUUAGACCGCUCCGUUUCCCGAAACCAUCGUAGCACUCAGAUCGAUCGUGACACACUGGAUCUUUGUACGACGGUGGCUAUAGAUACAUCCAGAAAGGCGGGGCUGAGCCAGGAAAAUACGUUGUGUUCUUAGAUUAUUAUCCAAACAUACUUUUACACCACUUGUGAGCCAAAUCCAGACACCGUUUUGUAUCUUUGUCAGCUUUUAACAACGAAAGCUGCGUCAGCUUUACAUGUUUGGCUCCUCUCUGCUGUGAAAUUUUAAGAACUGAGCUGGAACCCUGCUGGCUGGUGUGUAUCUAUGGGAAACACAGGCCAGGGCUAUGAUGUGUGCAGCGUGUUCAACCUGUGUCUGCUUGCCCCUCUCUCCCAAUCGCCAUCCUUCUCUCAAAUUCUCUCCUUAUCCCUCCACCACACCCGCCAUCGCUUCUUUCCCUCAGCCACGACCCUCUUAAGUCCUCCCCCUGCUCUCUUUUUCUGUCAGUCUCUCCUUUACUUUCUCUCUUCCCGUCAGGGUGUGAUGCUGAUCGCCCCUCCCUGUGUUGCUCAGCUAGUGUUGUUGUGAAGUGUCUGUGUCCAGAAGAGCCGCGUCCCGGCCGGACGGGGCCCUCUGGCGUGAACAGACCUGAGCUUGGAGAGAGGAGCCCUAAAACUGCUCUGCAAGAGGAAGGCGAAGGACAAACCAGGCCUGCAUCUACAACUAUUUACCUAGCGUGUAUUUUAACCUGCAGUACCAGAUGGGUGGAGUUUACUGCAUCAGGUCAAAUAUUUUUAGAUAGGGCUGCACUAAUUCAUCAGCUGUUGUUUGGGCUUUUAUUUAGGAAAGGAUAUUGGACAGUUAACGUCGUCCUCUGAUGAUAAAUGGAAACAAACUAAUGAAAAUUCAUCUAAUCAGUCAGUGCAGUCGGUGCACCUGCCUCAAGGAGCAACAAACACAGUAUCAGAGGCUUUUCAUGAUUUGGGAAACCACUAAAGUUGCCUUUUUUGUUGUUUUUUUACAUGAAAAUGGUCAAAUUCAAACAUAUUUAUACAGCUGAAUAUCAGUAUCAAGUAUCAGUCAUUGGUGGCUUUAAUACAAAAAUACUGGUGUCGGUUUAGACCUUUUUCACAGCAGCCAUUUCGACAUGAAAUCUUUGGUAAACCCAGGUGUUGCAGAUGACAGAUAAUUAAAGCUCAGCUGCAUUUGGGUGGAAGCGAGCCGGGCUGUUGCCGUGGUGCUGCUGGCUCACCUGAACGGAGCAGAGCGUUCAUUAAAGUCAUCAGUAACACCUGGGCUUCACCUGCCAGUGUAUGUCAGCAUGGCUGCUGUGAUGAGUCUUCGAUGAGAGAGAUGUCAGUCACUUCUUUUGUAUCGUCCGACUCCACCCAAACUCCGACCAUCUGGCACCUUAACAGGGUAAGAAAACAUCUCCAAAAAACUUGGCCUGGUGUAGGAAGUGUAGAAGAGGCAGAGAGAGAAAUAGUUCAGACUUUUUUUUUUCUUUACCACCAUCUAUAGUGUUAAUGUUGAGUGAGUGCAGUGUAGUUUGUGGGCUGGCUGAUCUCUCUCCAUGCUCCGGUCCAUCCUGCUGUAUAUGUGUCAUUACUACUUGACUGUGCCUGCUUCAGUGGAAUAGGAAUGUACUGGGUUUGUAAAUAUGGAGGCACACUGUGUUUGUAUUAAUGGAUGACUAAGAUAUGUAUUUGAAUGAGUCAAAAAUUGUACCAUAUAACCUCCCCUUUCCCCCCCUCCACUCUGAGUACUGUGAACUACAUGUCUCAUUAUAUUGUGAAUAAUACCACUGAUAAUAUAAUGUAUUUCUUAUUUAUCGGGCUUGUUUCAGGAGGAAGUGUAAUUGGGUAAUUUUAAACAAUUACAAAAAAAAAAAUAGAUGACAUUGUCCAUCUCAGGUUGUAGUGAAUAGGGUACAGAGGUACCAAAAUGUACAAACUUCUCAGUGCACACUAACAAGUCUAUACUACUUUAAGAGAGCAAACCAACAGCUGCUAUCUCUGUAGCUUCUCAAAUUAAAAUGUUAUUGAAUAUAAACCUGUAGCAGACUAGAAGCAUAGAAGUAAGGAAGUGGUUUGAUGUACAAUGACCUGAGUUGACAGAAGCAACAAUUGCGAUAGAAUUUGUCAAAAUAAUUAUUUUACCACAUGAAAGGUCUGUUGUGAUGUAACAACCCUUUUUAUUUCGCUAAGAAAGUGAGACUCUUGCUCCAAAAUGAGAUACCAAGUACGUUAAUGUCCAAUCUUAACAAAAUAAUUGAUAGCAUAAGCACAUUAUGGGUUACUAUUAUAGUUAAGACUGUUGUGUAACCUCUGCUUAAAAACAGUUAUAAGAGAUUAUGUGCUUUUCCAAAUAUAGACUAGUAAAUGUCAUGUACCAGCAUUUUUCAGAAUGGAUAAUCAGUGUUUUGGAACGAAAACCCCUCAAACACUCCCAAACAACAUGACUCAGACAAUUUGUUUGCUUGUCCAGUUUAUUGGAAACUGAAUUGCCAAGUUAAAUCCCUCGAGUGAAAUAAAAGGCAUAGUUGAAUUCAAUAAAGCAUUUUGUGAUUUGACUUGAGAAAUACAUUCCUUUUUCUUAGCGUGUAAAGAAAGAGUUAACUGUAGAACACAUGAUGU